UAUCAUUCUUGAAAUAGCCGGUCUUCUUCCCAAUUUGGUACCACACCCACCAUCACGAAGGUGAAAACGUUUAGCUGAUACAGAUCGUCUGCAUAUUGCUAUCCACUCGGUCGGCCGCUGUAGUUGUCUUUUUCUGCGUCCCCGUACUUUCUUCCCAUCAGCGUAUCACUACUGCUCCAAAAUGCCUGUCCCCAUUUUUUUCCCUCAAUCUGACAAUGCCCAUGCUGCCGGCAAUGGCAGCAACAAACAUUCGCACAGCCAUGAUCACCCUCAUACGCACUCUCACGACCAUCAUUCUCAUGACCAUCAUUCCCAUGAUCAUCACUCCCAUGAUCAUCACACUCAAGAGCAUGGCCACUCCCAUGAAGCCAUGGACUCUCCCGGAAGCUUCCUAAACCGUGACCUCCCAGAGUUCUCUAACCGAGACUUCUCUCAACGUGCCUUCACCGUUGGUAUUGGCGGCCCCGUGGGUUCCGGAAAAACUGCUCUGUUGCUUCAGCUUUGUCGCCAUCUUCAGGAAAAGUUUAGCCUGGCUGUUGUCACCAAUGAUAUCUUCACACGUGAAGAUCAAGAGUUUUUGAUUCGCAACAAGGCUUUGCCUGCCGAACGCAUUCGCGCCAUCGAGACCGGUGGUUGUCCUCAUGCGGCUAUCCGUGAGGACGUCUCGGGCAAUCUAGUCGCCUUGGAAGAGUUGCACAAGGAGUUCCAUACAGAUCUUCUGUUUGUCGAGUCUGGCGGUGACAACCUUGCCGCUAACUACUCUCGUGAACUCGCCGACUACAUCAUCUAUGUCAUUGAUGUUUCCGGAGGCGACAAAAUCCCCCGUAAAGGUGGACCCGGUAUUACCGAGUCUGAUCUCUUAGUCGUUAACAAGACUGAUUUAGCCGAGUUAGUGGGUGCUGAUCUGUCCGUAAUGGACAGAGACGCUCGCAAGAUUCGUGAAAAUGGACCCGUUGUUUUUGCUCAAGUCAAGAAUGAUGUGGGCAUGAACCAGAUUGUCGAGUUCAUUCUUGGUGCCGCUAAAGCUGCCAAGGCCUUGAAGACGGACCAUUAGAAGUUUUGCUUACAGCAUCUUAACAGCCAAACCUUGUCACUUUUCUGUAGAAUUAUAGUGAACAGUAUUUCUUUUUGCACUCUAAAUUACAAUGCUAUACUUACGUAUUCUUUUUCUUCGUCA